AUGUCUCCUUUUAAGUUCUUGGGGGUUCGAGAUAUCGCCAGUGUAGAUAAUUUACGCGGUGGAAAUGACACGUCAGUGCUCAAGCACGCCCACGCACACAUGGAGAAUCCAUUUCUCACAUACGGCGGUUGGUACCCUUUCUUCCCCACCCCUUCGUACGGCGGCGUGCCUGCUCACCAUCUCGAUCCACUGGAAACCCGCCUUGCCUCCCGGCCGCCGGUCCAGCGCCGGCCGGAGAGAGGGAAAGUCGUUCGGAUCCCGGUUCAGUUCGUCGGAUCGGGACAGGUGGAUCGCUCGGGGUCCGCCGUUAAGAUACAGAAGGUUUUCAGGGGCUUUCUGGUUCGUAAAUGCCUGAAGAAGAUUAAGGAUAUCAAGUGUAAGGUGGAUGAGAUCGAGGGGAGGCUGUCGGAGGAGGACGUUUUGGAUCUGGUUCGAAGGGACGAGAAGGAGCGCUUGAGGAUGAACGAGAGCCUGAUGUCUCUCCUGUUCAAGCUCGAUUCGAUUUGUGGGGUGGAUUUGGGGGUUAGGGUUUGCAGGAAGGCUGUGAUUCGCAAGGCGAUAGCGUUGCAGGAGAGGAUUGAUGCCAUCGUGGCCGUUAAUUUCACUGGUAAUCGUGAGGCCGUUGAUCAAGAAGAUGGAAGUGGUGGUGGGGUCGUCUCUGAGGAGACAUUGAAACCAGAAGAUUCUCCUGAAAGUGCAGUUUUGGGGGACAAUAACAAUGAGGUGAAGAAGAAAAAGAAGAAGAAGAAAAAAAAGAAGAAGAAGGCAGCUGCUAGUGCAAAUGCUUGCAACGGCCGCUGGUACCAACAACCGCCUCGCCGCUACCCUUUCUCUCCCACCCCUUCGUACGGUGGCGUGCCUGCUCACCAUCUCGAUCCGCUGGAAACCCGCCUUGCCUCCCGGCCGCCGGUCCAGCGUCAGCCGGAGAGAGGGAAAGUCGUUCGGAUUCCUGUUCAGUUCGUCGGAUCGGGACAGGUGGAUCGCUUGGGGUCCGCCGUGAAGAUACAGAAGGUUUUCAGGGGCUUUCUGGUUCGUAAAUGCCUGAAGAAGAUUAAGGACAUCAAGUGUAAGGUGGAUGAGAUCGAGGGGAGGCUUUCGGAGGAGGACGUUGUGGAUCUGGUUCGUAGGGACGAGAAGGAGCGUUUGAGGAUGAACGAGAGCCUGAUGUCUCUCCUGUUCAAGCUCGACUCGAUUUGUGGGGUGGAUUUUGGGGUUAGGGCUUGCAGGAAGGCUGUAAUUCGCAAGGCGAUUGCGUUGCAGGAGAGGAUUGAUGCCAUCGUGGCCGUUAAUCUCACUGGUAAUCGCAAGGCCGUUGAUCAAGAAGAUGAAAGUGGUGGUGAGGUCGUCUCUGAGGAGACAUUGAAACCAGAAGAUUCUCCCGAAAGUGCAGUUUUGGGGGACAAUAACAAUGAGAUGGAAAUUCUGGAGAUUGAUAUUAUCGAUGUAGGGGUGGAUCGUGAGGUGAAGGUGAUCAGCGAAUCGAAUGCUGUUGGCUUUGACAAUGGCUGUAUUUGUGAGAAAUCCGACUUUUCGGUUGAGAAUGGGACUCAGGAGAAUGCGAAGGAGGGGCACAGAGUUGAGGAUGACAAUAAAAGGGACCGGGAUUUGUUGGAGCGCAUGAUAGAGGACAAUGAGAAGAUGAUGAGUAUGAUGAAGCAGUUGUUCGAGAGGAAUGAGAUGCAGACGAGGAUGAUUAAUACGCUGACUAACAGAGUGGAGAUGUUGGAGAAAGCCUUUGUGUGUGAUGUCAAGUUUAGGAAGAAGAAGAAGAAGAAGGCCGCAGCUGCCAGUGCAAAUGCUUGCAGUGAACUAUUGAGGAAAAUGUUGAGAUGGAAGCAACAGCCUUUGCUGUUUUCCGACGCCCUUAUUGUAACCAUGGAUUCUCGAAAUCGAAUUUUCCAGAACAGUGUUGCCUUAGCUGUUCAAGGUGAAACUAUCCUAGCUAUCAGCCAGUGGCAGGAUAUCAUUUCUGAGUUCUCGAUUUCACCUCAUCUCACUACCUCCAUGAAACACAUUUUACUGCCAGUAAUCAUGAGCUUGGUUGUAAAGUUGCCAAUGUUUGUUUGGUUUCGCGCCCGCGACUGGGUCGUUUCGAACACGCACCUGAACGGAUAUUUGACCCUGUUUUGAAUCUUUUUAAAUGGAGAAUGGUGUCAGACCUUAUGAUCAUCUUGGUAAAAAUGUGAAGAACAGCACCAGUUCCAAGGCUCCUGGACACCAAAAAUCAUCUUGUAAAUAUAGUUUCGUAGAAUUUCUCCAUUUUUCUCUUUUCACUCGUGCUUGGAUUGUUGGAGCCAAAUACAUUGAUGGACAUUUGAUGGAUGUUAUCUUUUAAAUCUUAUAUGCUUAUGUAGUUAUGUUACCUGGAUGGCAAGAAUAGGUGUGCUCGCGUGUUAUAUUCUUAUUAUUU